AUGUUUGUAAGAUCGUAUAGAAGUCUUGGGUGGUGUGCAGUGAUGUCUUCCACAGAAAAUUGUGUUUGUGACGAGUUAUCCAGUACAAAAAGUCCAUGGUGCAACGCCAACUGUUAUGUUGCAAUAACUGGUGCAAGUCGUGGAUUUGGUCAGGCGUUUUGCAUAGAACUAGUGAAAUCAUUAUCAUCUGGAGAAGAUCAUGCUGCUUCUUUAAAUAUCUUAUUGAUGGCUCGUGAUGUUAAUGCACUUCGAGUUACAGAGUCUGAGAUGUAUGCCUCUAAGCCAAAUGCUUCAGGAAUGAAAUUAACUGUCCUCGUGUCAACAUCAUCUCUUGACAUGUCGAAUGCGGAUGAAAACGUCUUGAGAAAAGAACUUGAACCAUUAUUUAAUUUAUCUUCAUCGUCUUCCAGUGAGCACAAUGAUGAACGUCAAUGGAAUAUGCUUGUACACAAUGCUGCGAUAUUAGGAAAUAUAAAGUUUCGAUCAGAUGAGCGUUUUGAUGUCCAAUCACUAGGUACAUAUUAUCUUAUGAAUUUAACUGUUCCAAUGAUAUUGACAAGUUUGUUUUUACAGCACUUUGCACCUGUUAGCCAAUCAUUUCAUCAACCUGUUACAAUUGUCAAUAUUUCGAGUUUAGCAGCUUGUAAGGCAUUUCCAUACAUGUCUGAUUACUGUGUUGGUAAAGCUGCUAGAGAAAUGUAUUUCAGGUGUUUAUCUGUUGAUCGUCCAUCAGUCGCUGUGUUCAACUAUUCUCCUGGACCAUUACAUACAGAUAUGUUUACUCAACUGGUAACUGAUCAUGGAGAUGAGGAGACACGAAAUUCCUUGAUUGAAAUGAAAACCAAUGGUAAAAUAGUUGAACCAGCCAACUCUGCACGUGUUUGUAUAGCAUGGUUGAAGAGACAAAUUCCUAUUGAAAAGUCUGAAAAGAAAUCCAUACCUAGAUUAUCAUAUUGUCCAAUACAUCAGAAAGAAUAUUCUGAUUUAUGGAUUGGUUCCAGAUUAGAUUAUUUUGAUGCUGCUUGUAACAUUGUGGAGUAA